GGGCCCAAGAUUAAUGGAACGGCUAUAAAAUUACUUAUAAUUUUGUCAAAAUCGCGCCCAAACAGCCACUAAAGCACGUGCUUCACCAAAUUUAUUGCCCAGUCCACCGUGUAGUCAAUUGUCUCUUUUCUAUUUUAUUUUUAUUUUUUAACUCGGUGCUUUUGUAAAGCUAAUGCUAAAUUUGUGGGUUAAAUACCCUUAUAGUCAUUGAACUUUAGGGUGUGUUGCAAAAUAAAUCGUUAACUUCAAUUUUUGUUUUCUGUCCGUCCACACUAGUUGAUGAAUAACAGAUUUGUUUAUUUGAUUAACGGCUUGUCUACAUGGUUAUAUUUGAAUUUGAUGUUAAAACAUUGCGCCAUAGCAGAUGACUUCCCUCGUAAGAAAAUUCUGCUUUCAUUAUUUUGCAAAUAUGCUAUCCCCAUUGACAAAAUGUAAUGUUGAGACUUUAGACACUUCCAAUAAGCAAUGAAUGUAGAUGAAAGGACGGAUGAGAAAUAAAAAACGAAGUUUCAUUAAUUGAAGCAAAAUUAAGUUAAAGUAUGAAAUUGAAAGUUUCGCUCAAGUUCAGGGACCAAAUCGAUUUUUCUUGUUAACCCCACGUGUUGUGUAAUAUAUAGUUGUGCUCCUUUUUCUUCGAUAUUGGGGAUAAUCAGUGGAAUUCAUUCCAAAAUUUUCUUGUGAAUUUGUUCAUCUUCUCCAUGGAUAAUACUCAACACCUUGUUUUCAUCCCGUGGCCGUUAAUGGGCCAUGUACAAAUAGUCGAAUUAGCAAAGAUAAUUGUCGAUCGUGAACCUGGGAUCUCUGUCACAGUCCUCCUUAUGCAGCUGCCGGCAUAUAAAGACACCGUGAGUAGCUCCUUUCUCAACUCUCUCCCCGCCACCGGAUCCACUAGCACCGCCUCCGCCGCCUCUCGUCUCAAUUUUUUGGAGCUUCCGCCGGCAAAUCCUACCGCAGAAUGGAGCUCAAAAACUCGAGGCUAUUUUGUCCAUAACCAUGUACAGAGCCAAAGAUCGAACGUAGAAGAUUUCGUCAAGUCCCACAAACCAAAUGUUGUUGGGUUUGUAGUUGACAUGUUGUGCACUGGCAUGAUUGAUGUUGCAGAGAAAUUCCAGCUCCCUAGCUACGUGUUUUUCACAUCUCCGGCGAGUUUUUUGGGUUCGAUGAUUCAUUUUCAGACCCUUCAAGAUGAGCAAAUGCAGGACGUGACUGAAUGGAAAAACUCGAAUUCCCUCGUGUUGAUCCCGACUUUUGAAAAUCCGGUUCCGGCUAAUGUUUUGUCUGAUGUAUUGGUGGACAAGGAUUUGUGGUUAGGCCGGUUUUUGGACUAUGCAAGGGGAUAUAGAAAGGCCAAAGCCAUUAUCGUCAAUACGUUUGAAGAGCUAGAAGCUUAUGCACUCAGCUCCUUCUCCCUCUCAGCAGCCUAUGGUAGAUCAAUAGUUCCUCCGGUUUACUCGGUCGGGCCGAUUCUAAACAGAACUCCACACCCGAAGGAUACAGAUGAUUGUAUAAUUAAAUGGCUCGAUGAGCAGACUUCAGGGUCGGUGCUGUUCCUUUGUUUUGGGAGCCAGGGCGGUCUGAGCAAAGACCAAGUUAAAGAGUUGUCUCGUGGGCUAGAGCGGAGUGGCUAUCGUUUCCUUUGGUCUCUUCGUCAGAUAUCAGCAAAUAACAAGGAUGCGGAGUUCCCGAGUGAAUAUUCGGAUUUCGGGGAAGUUUUAACCGAAGGGUUUCUUGCGCGGACGGCCGGGGUCGGGAAGGUAGUGGGGUGGGUGCCACAGGUGCGUGUGCUCUCGCAUCCCGCAGUGGGUGGGUUCGUCUCGCAUUGUGGAUGGAACUCCGUGUUGGAGAGUCUAUGGUAUGGGGUGCCCAUAGGCACUUGGCCAUUGCAUGCAGAACAAAAGAUGAAUGCUUUUCAACUUGUGAAGGAAUUGGGAUUGGGAGUUAAGAUUUGUUGGGAUGAUGAGCCUAUUGUUACAGCAGAAGAAAUAGAAAGAGGGUUACGGAAAUUGAUGGAGAGUGAGAGUGAAGCAAGAAAUAAGCUAAAAGAGAUGAAGGAGAAGAGUAGGAUGAGUAUGGAGCAAGAUGGAUCCUCGCAUAGGUCUCUUGGUCGACUCGUCCAAGACAUUUUGACUAUCGGUACAAGCUGUUAGGAAGAAUGAAUCCGGAUCCAACAGAAGCAAAAGAUCACCACAUUGAUAUCAGCUGAGUCAAGAUCAAAUGUCACUUAAACCGUCAAGUCAAGAUGGGAUAUAAAAAUUCAUAUUUAAGUCCGUGUGAGGAGGGUGUUAGUAUUUAACUCUUGUUUCUAGUAUUAAUAUAAAAUAAUAUAUAUAUGAUAAUAUAUUUAAUGUAUUGA